GUUUGAGUAUCAAACCAAAGGGUGGGGGAUGUAAGGAAAUGGGCCAAGUUAUUAGAGGAGCGCUUAGCAAAACGAAUAGCGAAAGAAGAUCUAUGAAACCCAAAGCCCGAAAAGAUUUAUGAAGACAUUAGGACGAAGAACCUUGAAAUUAGCAGGAAACGAACUCCAUUACAGACAGCCUUCAAGCAAAGGGAGUUUGCAGCCAAAACCAAAGUAUUCGAGUCUGGACGAGCAAAUCCGGCGCUGUUCUUAUGGCCGAAUGAUCGAUCUCCAGGAAAGUUUUUGUAAACCCGAUUCAAUUUUGAUUGUUGGAGUUUAGUUCGAUCCACGUGGCUUUCUAAAUGUUGUUAUCUCCAUCCAUUCUUUAAACUUUCUUCCCUGAUUCAACGAAACCCUCGUUGCAUCUCCCUUCACUUGACGAACACAAAAACCCUAGAAAUUCAUUUCUACCACGGAAUCCGGGAGCCUGUCAAGCCAGAGAUUCGUUUUUAUUAUAUGGCCGCCAAUUUCCUCAUUAAGAUCUGAGUCGCCUUUGAUUCUUUGAUUUCCACACGCGGAUGGGUGCUACGGGCUCAAAGCUCGAGAAGGCUCUCGGUGACCAGUUCCCUGAAGGCGAGCGCUACUUCGGCCUUGAAAAUUUUGGCAAUACUUGCUACUGUAACAGCGUCUUGCAGGCACUGUAUUUUUGUGUUCCUUUUCGUGAGCAAUUGUUAGAUUAUUACUCAAAUAGCAAAAGUAUUGGAGACGCGGAAGAAAAUCUCUUAACAUGCUUAGCAGAUUUGUUCACCCAGAUAAGUUCACAAAAGAAAAAAACUGGUGUCAUUGCUCCAAAGCGCUUUGUUCAGAGAUUGAAAAAGCAGAAUGAGAUUUUCCGUAGCUAUAUGCACCAAGAUGCUCAUGAAUUUUUGAACUUUUUGCUCAACGAACUUGUUGACAUACUGGAGAAAGAGGCACAUGCUACUAAAAGUGAUGCAGAAAGUUCGUCACCGCUUGAAAUAAUCUCAAAUGGUCCUAAAACUGGUCAGACAAAUGGUGCUCAAAAAGAGCCGUUGGUGACUUGGGUGCAUAAAAAUUUUCAGGGUUUACUAACUAACGAGACAAGGUGUUUGCGGUGUGAGACAGUUACAGCAAGGGAUGAGACUUUUCUUGACUUGAGCCUUGAUAUUGAACAGAACAGUUCAAUAACUAGCUGUUUAAAAAAUUUCAGUUCCACUGAGACAUUGAAUGCCGAGGACAAGUUUUUCUGCGACAAGUGCUGCAGUUUGCAAGAAGCACAGAAGAGGAUGAAGAUUAAGAAACCACCACAUAUCCUUGUUAUUCAUCUGAAGCGGUUUAAAUACAUUGAGCAGCUUGGACGCUACAAAAAGCUGUUGUACAGAGUUGUUUUCCCUCUCGAGCUGAAACUUAGCAACACAAUGGAGGAUGCGGAUUCGGAGUACUCUUUGUUUGCAGUUGUCGUCCAUGUUGGAAGUGGACCCAACCACGGACAUUAUGUUAGCCUUGUGAAAAGCCAUAACCACUGGUUAUUUUUUGACGACGAAAAUGUGGAAAUGAUUGAUGAGUCUGUCGUGCAGACAUUCUUUGGAUCUGCACAGGAAUAUUCUAGUAAUACUGAUCAUGGGUACAUCUUAUUCUACGAGAGUAUUGGCACCGGCAACAAGAGCUGAUAUAUGGAUAAUUCCCCAUCUCAUCAGCCAUCGGGUAAUUUAUAAUUCGACUCUUCUUGUUGUUGUUGUUGUUUUUUCUUGGCUUCACAUGUUUAUUAAUAUUAUUAUUUCUUUUUCUUUUUCCCCCUUUGCCUUUUAUAACACCAUUGGAAAGAGCUGUGAAAUAUUACUGACUGAUUGAUGGUAUGGGCUGUGAAAAAUGUAUACAUGGUCGGUUGCCAGUUUGGCAUAUAAUAUAGUGUAUGACGGCAGCUUUUCUUUUCCCCUUCCAAUAAGAGAAAAGAGAGCAAUGUAUGAUGUUUAUGAAUGCAUGCUGCUUUAGAGGAA